CAUAGAUCGUGGAAGGCAAUCAGCUGUUUAUACACUUCGCAGAAUGACGGAAAAAUCGCUAGUAUAUGUUGAGUUCAGACUGUGGAAUGUUGAGAACAGAGGCGACAUUGUCCCAGUGCUUCUGGGCAGCAGUCCAGAUUUGGGGCUCUGGAAACUUGAAAACGGAACCAGAGCAAGAUUCCUAAAGAAACUGGAUUUCUGGUCGGUGGAAAAACGCCUCCCUGUGUAUUCCUUCCAUGAAUGGAAAUGGGCGAUGGUUACUGGAAAUGAAGGCCGUGUUGAUUGGGAGCUAUGCCCUAACAGAAGACUCGAACUUGGGGUUAUCGGGGGAACGGUGGAUUGUGACUGGAACAGCCCGGGGAAAUUCCAGCAGGCUGAAUGCCUCCUCUUCGCUGCAACAAACUACAAGACCGACACCCCUUCGGAUGCCUUGGCACUGUUGGGCUCCACUCCGUCCCUUGGAGAGUGGAAUCCAUUCUGUGGGGUGGUGGCUGUUGAGUACCCCCUGGGGUCGGGGUGGUGGGUGGCCCGGGCCGUGGUGGAGAAGGGGACACGACAUCAGUGGAAGUGGGCGGUGAUUGAUGAGAACAGGGUCGUGAAGAGAUGGGAGGAGAGAAGCAACAGGGGGUUCGAGGCGUCAGACGAGAUGGUAGAACUCAACGCCCAGUGGAACUGUGAUUCUGUCGUGGAGGAUUUCGAGGACGAUGUAGAACCGCUGACAAGCUGCUACUACAAGGGGAAGGAAGCAGUAGACAGCUGUGAGCCCAUGCAACGGUACGGGUACUGAUCCGGGUGGGACACCGGGUGCCCAGUACAUGUGCUGCAGAAGACUCGGGUCUUGUGUUGUUGACCUUUUGUAGAGCAUUUCCGGUGGACACGAUUUCGCGAGUUUUAGUUCUUGUUUUGGACAAAAAGAAUGCAUCGUUCUUUUGUACAAUUUAUUCCCGAAUUGAUAUGCUACGUUUGUUCUAUUUCUUGUUGAUCACAGAAGACUCGGGCCAUGUGUUGUUAGCUGUUGUUGACCUUUUGAAGAGCAUUUCCGGUGGACACGAUUUCGCGAGUUUCAGUUCUUGUUUUGGACAAAAAGAAUGCAUCGUUCUUUUGUACAAUUUAUUCCCGAAUUGAUAUGCUACGUUUGUUCAAUUUCUUGUUGAUAGUUAAUUUCGUGUUUAUUCCAUUGUUAAGUAUUGUAUACGUAAAGCUAUAAUUGUUAUACACGCCCAUGAUUUAUGUAUUCUGUUUUUAAUGUUCGUAAAUGGUGAACACGUGUGUUGUGCUAUGUUAGUGAAAUACAGUGUAUUUCUUCACGUCGUUGUGUACAUUUUGUGUGAGAGAUUAGGAAUCUCCUCAACAUGAAAGGAUGAAAUUUUAAAAUU